AUGUCUGAAUAUUUAUGGGUUUUGAAUCCUCAAGGUAAUAAUGGUAAGCUGCCAAAGCUGUCACCUGAUCAAUUCCUCAAGCUCAAGCAACUCACUGUGCUUACUCUUUCUGCGACCAAUAAGUUGCAAUUUGCAGCAGGGAGGGAUCUCAUGCAUGGCCAGCUUGGGAGUAUGAUAGAUACAUUGGGAAUUUGGUUUGUCAUGGGUGAGUAUGGACAAAGUCAGUCUGGUGAUAUUGCCACAUUUUGGUCAGCCACUUCAGACAGUGUAUUUCCCCUGAUUGAAGAAAAGAUUGACUGGGCUAGUAAAAUAUGCCAGUUUGACAUGGAUCACCAGCAGGAACUUCAAGGUAGAAUUGAUGAAUCCAAGCAGGGCCUUUGUUUCUGGGAAAAUGUUGAUGGUUUUGGCUAUCUUGGUGGACUAAUGGAACAGGAAGAGGAUCUCAUCCGAUCCAAGAGUUAUGCGCCUGCUUUAGUUGCAAGACAGUUUGGGGGCAUACAAAGCAUCCCAAGAACGGUUGAUUUAGCUCAAUUUAUUGGAGUAUACAAAGGAGCUACCAUGGAGAUGUUGGAGAGCAUUAGGCAGGAUUGGAAAUCUUUGGUACUGGUGAAAAAGGAGACCGGAUUAAGGAAUCCUACAGUUAGUGAAAAGUAUCCUGAAUGGCGUAAUGGAGGAGUCUUUUAUAUGGUAGAAGUUUCUGAAUCUGUGGGCAUUCGAAGGAAAAGAGUGAACUGUGAAGAAGAAUUAAGAAAACAAGUAAAAUCGUUACAAGUUGAGCUUAAAGCAAAGGAAGAACAGAGAGUGUCUUUAGAGCAGCAGCUAGCCAAAGAAAAGGGUGUAAGGAAAAUAGCUGAAGAAGAAAGGGACUCUGUGGGUCAAGACUUGAUAAAGGCAAAGGCUGACUUGGAAACACAAAAAAUAAUUAAUCAGGACAUGACGUAUUAUAUGGCAAAAGCUAAGCAUUGGGAAGAGUUAGCCAUCAAGACACAAGCUAUAUUGAAAAUGCGUCGGGCGGACAUUGUUAAGUUUAAAGACCAAUUGGGAAAAGCUGAGGCUUUAACUAAAAUUCAUGAAGAGCGAAAAGCAGAGUUGAACAGUCAUAAGGCUGAAGCAGAAGCAUUGAGAUCUAAGCUGGACAAAGAAAAAUUGAAGACCGUACAACUUAUAGGAAACCAAAAAAUGUUAAAGCAACAUAAUCAAACAUUGGAUGAUGCCAAUAACUUUUUGUCUAGAAACAACUUGAUUCAUACUGAGAGGAUAAGGGAACUACAAGAUCAGAUUGAUCGAGCAGCUGUAGAAGCCCAUUUAUUACGAGUGGAAGCUCGUCAAGUGGGAGGAGAUAUAAUGAAAUAUCGAAGAAGUCCCCAACCGAAACGUAUCCAUAACACUCGUUCACGGAAGAAAAUGGAAAAUGAAGAGAGAAAUCAGUUAGAAAUUCAACACCAAAGAGAGUUGGAAAGCCUGAAAGAGGAUGUAGCAAGGCUUACCAGCCUGCUUGAACAGGCUUUGAGGCCUAGAGCUGGAGAAGGGACAUCUUCUCAACAAACAUUUACACCUCAGCCUCCGCCUCCAUUUAUUCCGCCAUCUGAACCUCAGCAUGCUGCUCAUUUCGUACCUACUCAAUCAGCACAUCCAAUGAGGGUCCCCCAUUCUGUGUUGAUAGAGGAAGAACCUCAAAGGAACAAGAUAAUAGAGGAAAAUGGUCAUGAAAAACUAGCUGCUUUAGAAGAAAGAAUGAAGGCAAUAGAAGGGAAUAGUUUGUAUGAUCCGGUGAAGGCCGCUGAAAUGUGUUUAGUGCCUAAUGUGGUUAUUCCCAGAAAAUUCAGAGUUCCAGAAUUUGUUAAAUAUACUGGAACUCAAUGCCCAAUCACCCAUCUUAAAGCAUAUUGUAAUAAGAUGGCUGAAGUAGUCUAUGAUGAGAAGUUAUUGAUCCAUUUCUUUCAAGACAGUUUAAGUGAUGCGGCUCUUGCUUGGUAUAUGCGUUUGGAUAAUACCAAGAUUAAAGGAUGGAAGGAUUUGGUUGAAGCUUUUAUUAGACAGUAUAAGUUCAACAUGGAUAUUGCCCCAGAUAGAUCAAGUCUGCAAGCCAUGGAAAAAGGCAAUAAGGAGUCUGUAAGAGAAUAUGCCCAAAGGUGGCGCGAAUCAGCCGCGCAAGUAAAUCCUCCAUUGUCGGAAAGGGAGAUGACUGGUUUAUUUUCCAACACUUUCAAAGCCCCGUGCUUUGAAUACUUGGUAGGUAGUGCUGCACAAAAUUUCUCUGAUUUGGUUGUCAUAGCUGAAAGGAUCGAACAAGCUGUUCGGACGGGUAGGAUCGUGGAUCCUACUGAAAAAAGAGGUUUUAUUGGAAAAAGGAAAGAAACGGAAGUUCACAAUGUUGAAAGGGAAAGUAGAGGGAAGAACACCUACCAAGACAUUUACAGCUUCAAAAGUAUUACACCUACCCCCUCUAUAUCCAAUAUAAAAUUCUCUUCACCUACAAACACCCAAAAUAACCCAAUAAACAACCAAACCAAUAAUGCCUACCGCCCAAGAAGAAAUUUUCCAAUAGAUCAAGUGCAACUUCCACCAUUACCCAUGUCUCUUACUGAAAUGCACCAAAGAUUGCUUAGUAUUGGCCAGGUAGCACCUGUUCCCUUAGAACCUUUACAACCACCAUUUCCUUUUUGGUAUAAACCCGAUCAAAAAUGUGAAUACCAUGCUGGUGCUGUUGGUCAUCAUAUUGAUGGAUGUGUUGCAUUCAAAAGAAAAAUCCUUCAGCUCAUCAAAGCUGGGUGGAUUUCUUUUGAUGAAUCUCCAAAUAUGAAUUCUAACCCUCUACCAAAUCAUGCUUCUGGAGGUGGGGGAGUUAAUAGCUUGGAGAUAGGAAGGGGAAGUACAGCAACUUUAAGGGUGACUAUAGAUAGAUUGUAUGGGAUGUUGAGACAAACAGAUUAUCUAAAGACACCAGUCAAAAUACAAGCUGUAGGGAAUGUGAAUGAAUAUUGUAAAUAUCAUCAACAGCUUGGGCAUGAUAUUGACUCGUGCGAGGAGUUUCAUUUGGAGGUAGAAAAUAUGAUGACGUUGGGAAUGUUAAGAUUGAUGAAACUCAAAGAAGAUGAGUUAGUAGGAACAAUGACUGGUUGUAACCAGAAAGUGGAAGUUUGUAGAUAUAUACCAACCGAAAAGGGUCCACCAAAAAUGAUCAUAGCCAAGCCUAUGAAUACUGUUAGCGGAAGCUAUAAUGCCCAACCCUAUAAUUAUGGUUAUUCCUUUCACAACACAAAUCCUGCCCCUGUUUUCCAUGCUGAAAUAGGAGGACUCACUCGGAGUGGGAGAUGUUUUACUCCUGAAGAGUUGGAAAACCAUAGAAAAGCCAAAGGAAAGGAUAUGGUGGAAUUGACAAAGACAGAUGAGGUUAACAAGCCAGUAAGUGAUGAAGAGGCUAAUGAAUUCCUGAAAUUGAUGAGGCAUAGCGAAUAUAGUGUGGUUGAUCAGCUAAAGAAAACACCCGCUAGGAUUUCUUUGUUGUCAUUAAUGUUGAGUUCAGAAUUGCAUAGGAACGCACUUCAGAAGGUUCUUAAUGAAGCAUAUGUUCCUCAGGAUAUCACACAAGACUCCAUAGAACAUUUGGUGGGUAGGAUUCAAGCCACCAACUACCUCUAUUUUACCGAUGAUGAGCUGGAUCAUGAAGGGACCGGUCAUAAUAAACCAUUGCAUAUCACGGUAAAAUGCAAGGAUUGUGUGAUUGCUAAGGUGCUUAUAGAUAAUGGUUCUGCUCUCAAUGUAUUGCCGAGACAUGUACUUGAUAAAAUGUCAGUUGAUGCCUCUCACAUGAAGCCAAGUACCAUGACUGCUAGGGCAUAUGAUGGGUCACCUAGACCAAUCAUUGGGAGUAUUGAUGUUGAACUAAUCAUUGGCCCACAACCAUUCCAAGUCAUAUUACAAGUAAUGGACAUUCAUCCAUCAUAUAGCAUUUUACUGGGGAGACCUUGGAUCCAUGCAGCCCGAGCUGUCGCAUCUUCUUUACAUCAACGGGUCAAGUUUAUCAUCAAUGGGAAUUUGGUGACUGUGAGAGCUGAGGAAACUUUGUCAAUGAUAAAAAAUGUGUCGAUCCCUUACAUAGAAACUGAAGAAAGUAAGGAUGGAAAUCUGCAUGCAUUCGAAGUUGUAAAUGCUGAAUGGGUACCAGAAAAUACGGUACGAAGAAAGCCAGAAAUUUCUGAAGCAGCAAAAAUGGCUGCUAAAUACUUCUUAAAGCAUGAACUGCCAUUUCAAUAUGACCACACUACCGGAAUGCCUGAGAGGGUUAAUGUGAUAAAAAUGAAGUGUGCGGAUCAAAGGUUUGGCUUAGGGUUUAAGCCUGGGAAAGCAGAUUUCAAAAGAGCAGCUGAAAUUAGAAGAAAAAAGAGAAUAGCCCGGAUUGAAAAGAGAGAACCAGAUGAAGAUCGAAUAGAGAUCCCACCAAUCCAUGUAACAUUUCCAAGAUCCGCAUAUGUGAUAAAAACUGAGGAUUAUGAGGGGGGACUAAGAAAAGAAUUCAAUAGUGUUACUAUUAAUUAUCUUGAAAAAGUCGGUGAACAAGAUUUAAAGGAAGAGGAUAGUACUCAUGAACAAUUGCCCCAGCUGACUAUUGGCGUUUUGGAAGAUGGCUCAUCAGAAUUCGUGAGGGAACUGGCCGAGGGAGAAGAUUUAGCAAAUUGGGAAAUUCAUGAAGUCCCAAUUGUUUUCAAAAAGAAAUCUGAAAGCGGAUUGUCGUAUACCUCACAAACUCAUUGCACUGUGGAUAAUUGGCUUAACUUUGAUGAAACUAUAAUUGCCAUGGAUGAAGAAGAGUUUGGUGAGGAAGAUAUCCAUGAGUUCACAAGGUUAGGGGAACAAUCUGAUCGCACAUGGAAGCCUGCAAAAGAAGAACUAGAACUGAUAGAUAUGGGCACCGAACAUAAUAAAAGAGAGUUGAAAAUAGGGAAGCUAAUCUCUGCUGGCGUAAGAAGUGAAUUGGUCGCUCUUUUACGAGAAUAUGUUGAUGUGUUUGCCUGGUCAUACGCUGAUAUGCCUGGUCUGGAUACUGAUAUUGUGGUACAUAAACUACCUUUGAUAGAAGGAUGUAAGCCGAUUAAGCAAAAGUUGAGGAGGACAAGGCCAGAUAUACUAAUCAAAGUGAAGGAGGAGAUAACAAAACAGUGGGAUGCUGGAUUCUUGGAAGUAGUCGAUUAUUCUCAAUGGGUGUCCAAUAUUGUAGUAGUACCCAAGAAAGACAACAAAAUCAGGGUAUGUGUGGAUUUUCGAGAUUUGAAUAGGGCAAGCCCGAAGGAUAAUUUUCCUUUACCCCACAUAGAUGUACUGGUGGAUAAUGCUGCUAAGAGUUCUACUUACUCUUUUAUGGAUGGUUUCUCUGGGUAUAAUCAGAUUAAAAUGGUCGAGCAAGACAAGAAGAAAACAACAUUUGUUACCCCGUGGGGAACGUAUUGCUAUAGAGUUAUGCCAUUCGGACUCAAAAAUGCUGGAGCAACUUAUCAAAGAGCAAUGGUGACAUUAUUUCAUGAUAUGAUGCAUAAAGAAAUUGAAGUCUAUGUGGAUGAUAUGAUCGCUAAGUCUAAAGAUGAGGAAAACCAUAUCCCAGCUCUAAAGAAAUUAUUUGAAAGGCUGAGAAAAUAUCAAUUAAAGUUGAACCCUGCAAAAUGCACAUUUGGAGUGAAGUCUGGGAAGUUAUUGGGAUUCGUGGUAAGCAAUAAUGGUAUAGAGGUAGACCCUGAUAAAGUGAAGGCCAUACAAGCUAUGUCAGCUCCUAAGACUGAGAAAGAAGUUCGAAGCUUUUUGGGGCGUUUAAAUUACAUUGCUCGAUUUAUUUCACAACUUACAGUCACUUGUGAACCAAUCUUUCGAUUACUUCGAAAGAAAAACCCUGGAGUAUGGGAUGAAGAUUGUCAAGAAGCCUUUGAUAAGAUCAAACAAUAUCUGCAGAACCCACCUCUAUUGGUGCCACCGGUGCAUGGGAAGCCUCUCAUUUUGUAUUUAACAGUGACUGAAUCAGCAAUGGGCUGUGUGCUUGGCCAACAUGAUGAGUCUGGGAGAAAGGAGCAAGCCAUCUACUACCUUAGUAAGAAAUUCACUGAGUGUGAAUCUCGUUACAGUAUGAUUGAGAAGCUGUGUUGUGGUUUGGUAUGGAGUGCGAAAAGGCUCCGACAGUAUAUGUUAUACUAUACCACUUGGUUAAUUUCAAAGAUAGAUCCUCUAAAAUAUAUUUUUGAAAAACCAUACAUGUCAAAUAGGCUGGCCAGAUGGCAAGUGUUGUUGGCUGAAUACGAUAUCAUCUACAAAACAAGAAAAUCUGUGAAAGGAAGUGCAAUCGCAGAUCAUUUAGCUGAUAACGCCAUUGAAGACUAUGAGCCGUUAAAUUUUGACUUCCCUGAUGAAGAUGUGCUGGUAAUAGAAAGUGAUUGGUGGACCAUGUACUUUGAUGGUGCGGUGAAUGUGUCUGGUAAUGGAGCUGGUGCUGUAAUAAUUUCUCCAGAAGGAAAACAAUAUCCCAUUUCCAUUAAGCUACAGUUUAGUUGCACAAACAACACAGCUGAAUAUGAGGCUUGCAUUCAUGGAUUGGAAGCUGCAUUGGAACUGAAGAUAAGGAAAUUAGGGGUAUAUGGAGACUCUAUGUUGAUAAUUUGCCAGACAAAGGGGGAAUGGCAGACGAAAGAUGAGAAAUUGAAACCAUAUCAAGAAUAUCUCUCCAAAUUGGCUGAAAACUUUGAAGAGAUAGAGUUCAAUCAUUUAGGAAGGGAUAAGAAUCAAUCAGAAGCCAAUAAAGCCUUGUGUGAAGUGCAUGGAGGAAUUUGCACCACCCAUGCAAAUGGGCAUAUGAUGGCAAGACAAAUACAAAGAGCUGGGUAUUUUUGGUUGACCAUGGAAAAGGAUUGUAUAGAAUUUGUCCGAAAAUGUCAUAAAUGUCAGGUGUAUAGUGACAAAAUCAAUGCACCCCCAGUGCCCUUAUUCAAUAUGGUGUCACCUUGGCCAUUCGCGAUGUGGGGAAUUGAUAGGCCUGCUCAUGUGACUCAGAAGGUGGUCAAGCGAUUCAUUGAGAGAGAUCUAAUUUGUAGGUAUGGUUUGCCAGAAAGGAUAGUAACCGAUAACGCCAAGAACUUCAAUGGGAAGAUGAUCGUGGAAUUAUGCACUAAAUGGAAAAUCAAGCAUUCAAAUUCAUCCCCUUACAGACCAAAAAUGAAUGGUGCUGUUGAAGCUGCUAACAAGAACAUAAAGAAGAUUGUCCAGAAAAUGGUGGUCACAUAUAAAGAUUGGCAGGAAUGGCUUCCUUAUGCUCUACAUGCCUAUCGAACAGCAAUAAGGACGUCAACGGGGGCUACACCUUAUUCAUUAGUUUACGGAAUGGAGGCAGUGAUGCCUUUGGAAGUAGAGAUUCCUUCUCUAAGGGUCCUCAUGGAAUCUGAGCUAGAAGAGGCUAAAUGGGCUGAGAUACGAUACGAACAGCUAAAUAUGAUCAGUGAGAAGAGAUUAGCUGCAAUUUGUCACCACCAACUGUAUCAAAACAGGAUAGCAAGAGCAUAUGACAGAAAAGUUCGACCAAGAGAGUUUAAAGAAGGAGAUCUUGUAUUGAGAAAAAUCCUAUUACUACCUAGUGAGAAUCAUAGCAAGUGGGCACCCAAUUAUGAAGGUCCCUAUGUAGUAAAGAAGGCAUUCUCUGGAGGAGCAUUGAUAUUGACAGGAAUGGAUGGAGAAGAUUUGAGUAGGCCAGUGAAUUCCGAUGCCGUGAAGAAAUAUUAUUCAUGA